AUAGACGAGUCGAGACUAUCGACCAGUACGGUUAAGAAUCGGACCAAACAUUCUUUUCAUACGUUUAUAGCAAAAUGAUAGGGUCCAAAGUACUUUUGUGCUACUUUUUGUUGUCGAUUGGGUUAGUUCAGAUUGAUGCAGCUCCGUCCGAUAAGUGUAAAACCGUGUUCAGCAGCCGAGUGAAAGAUUCACUGUGUGGGGCGAAGGAGUACAUGACCAUCCAGGAAGCAGAUAUGGACAAAAUGAUGGAUUGCGUCCUAAGGGCGGUCAAUAUUGUGGACAACACAGGAGCUGGCAAUCUCAAAAGCUUGCUUGAACCGAUGAGGGAGAUUGAAGUGGACGGUUGGAAGCAUAAACUGAAUAUUGAAUCGUGCACGACGACAACGAUGACCAAAACGCUGCCGGAACCUCAGCGCGCGCACGCAUUCUACAAGUGCAUCAUGAAAACCAAAUCAAAGAAAACCUUCAAGGAGGAGUUUAAUAAGAGAGUGUGUGGCCAUGGUAGUGCUAUGAACUUCUUUACGCCGUAACUCUACUGGGCA